AGGGUUUGUCACCGUCGCAUUCUCAAACCCUUUGGUUAGAAGAAAAAUAAAACCCCUCAAUUCACUUUCUUCAUCAAUCACUGCAACUAUUCAUCACAAGAUGACGAGUUCGAUUCUCCGAAGAUCCUCUUCCGUUUUCUCACGUCGUUUUUUCGCUGCCGUCACCUCCGUCGAGACACUGCCGCAUCACCACGGGCGGCUCGAUUCCGCCGUCUCCUUCCGGAACGGUGUCUCCGGCGGAGGAGCCAGGGAAUUUCACGCGAAAUCUGGACCCUUGAGUUUCCGCUCGUCGCUGGUUUCUCGUUCUGCCCAACACGCCUUAAAGUACGAUUACUCUAACGACAGUGAAGUUUGCAGUGUGAAUGGUGACGAAGGACUCGAGAUCGCGAAGCUUGGAAUCUCGCAGGAGAUCGUGGAUGCUUUGGCUAAGAAAGGGAUCGCGAAGCUCUUCCCGAUUCAGAGAGCUGUACUGGAACCUGCAAUGCAAGGGCGUGACAUGAUUGGUCGAGCCAGAACGGGAACUGGGAAAACCCUUGCUUUUGGGAUACCCAUCUUGGACAGGAUCAUUCAGUUUAAUGCUAAGCAGGGGCGAGGGAGAAAUCCUUUGGCUUUGGUUUUGGCUCCAACGAGAGAACUUGCACGGCAGGUUGAAAAGGAAUUUAAUGAGGCUGCACCUAACUUGGACACAAUCUGUCUUUAUGGUGGUAUGCCCAUUCAUCAACAACUGAGGGCGCUUGAUUAUGGGGUAGAUAUUGCAGUAGGCACUCCUGGUCGAAUUAUUGAUCUUCUCAACAGGGGUUCCCUGAAUUUGAAGGAUGUUCAGUUUGUGGUUCUUGAUGAAGCUGAUCAGAUGCUUCAGGUAGGAUUUCAAGAAGCUGUGGAGAAGAUAUUGGAGAGGUUGUCUCCAAAUCGUCAGACUCUUAUGUUCUCAGCAACAAUGCCACCUUGGAUAAAGAAUAUUACCCGCAAUUACCUAAACAACCCCCUAACUAUUGAUCUUGUUGGAGAUUCUGAUCAGAAGUUGGCAGAUGGAAUUUUGCUAUACUCUAUUGCAUCUGAUGCCUUUGCUAAAGCAGGAAUUCUUGCACCUCUGAUAACAGAACAUGCAAAUGGAGGGAAGUGUAUUGUUUUCACUCAAACCAAACGUGAUGCUGAUCGAUUAUCAUAUGUCAUGGCAAAAAGCCUCAAAUGUGAGGCCUUGCAUGGAGAUAUUUCACAAACUCAGAGGGAAAGAACUCUUGCUGGCUUCAGAAACAACAAUUUCAAUGUUUUAGUGGCAACUGAUGUUGCUUCACGUGGGCUUGAUAUUCCAAAUGUUGAUCUUGUAAUACAUUUUGAUCUUCCCAAUUCAUCUGAGAUAUUUGUUCAUCGAUCUGGACGAACGGGCCGUGCUGGGAAGAAAGGAACUGCUAUUCUUGUUUACAGUGAAAAUCAAUCCAGGGCUGUGAAGACUAUUGAGCGUGAUGUUGGAUGCAAAUUUACAGAGCUACCAAAGAUUGAUGUUCAAAGUGGAUCAGCAGAGAUGUUUGGGGGCAUGAGUGGUGGUCGAUAUGGCCCUUUUGGAGGCAUGAGGGAUCGUCAAUCUGGAGGUGCAGGUUUUGGUCGCAGUACUGGAUUUGGCCGUUCUGGGAGUUACAGUAACUCUGGAUUUGGCCGAUCCAGCUAUGGAAAUUCUGGUGAGACGGGAAGGUUUGGCGGACCAAAUUCUAGCCAUUUUGGUAACCCUGGUUUGAGAGGUGGGGGGUUUGGAGGAUUUUCUGGUAAUUCUUCUGGUGAUAUGGGUAGAAAUGGUGGGCCAAGUUCUGGUGCAUUUGGUGACAGAAAUUCAAGCCAAAGCAGAACCUUCGGUGAUUCACGUGGAAGCGGUUUCGGUUCUUUUGGGGAUAACUCAAAUAAUGACAGUUACAAUAGCAGAAGAUCAUUUUAAUUUCAUCUUGGUAUCUUGCCAAAACAUGAAUCACUUGAGUUGGAGAAGAUUAUGGUAUAAGAAUAAUACCUUCCAUUCUUUGGGGGCGUUAGAGCCUUUUGUUCUUUGGGACAGUCCUCAGCUCAAGCUCAACUCUAGUGGUAUUCACUCCCUCCAUAGCAGAAGGAAUAGGGAGGGUUGUAUCUCUGCAAGUUCCAGCUUUUGCCAAUCAUUUGUCUGGCUCAUUAUUUUCCUUCGUUCUCUUUUAAGCAGUUCGGUAGAUUAUGAUUCUGAACAUACCUCAAUGUAUAUGCCUUGGUAAUUUUGAAGUAGCAGCUUUAUAGAGCAAUGGUGAUCCAAUUUAUUUAGAACUUGUUCCUGAAAAUACAUAAUGGGCAAAGAGAAAGUUUUUAGAAAAGGAUAGGGUGCUCUGUGGUUCAUAUUAUCACAAUGUUACAUUUCAUCGUACGAGGAAAUAUUCAACAGCAUCUAUUUUUGAGUGUCAGUAACAGCAUCCAGUUUGAUUAAACAUCGUUCAAGGUAAUUGUGUUUUGUAUUGGAUUAGACACAAAUUGCCAGCAUGAAUUGAAUCAUAAGUAGAAUUUUACUUU